GGCAGUUGGGGUUCUACCCGGUUCUACCAAUGGCACGGCCGUAAAGCUCCAUGCAACGAAUUUUGUAUUUUGGUCCGCACGAGCCAUUCAAGCCAGUAGUGAAGUGACAAAUCAACGCUGACCACGAUGAACGACGCGCUGUCCGUAGUGGGUCAGCUGCGGGACCUGGCCUCCGAGCCGCAGAACCGAGAGGCCAUCGUCCAGGACCAGGGCUGCCUGCCCGGCCUGGUUCUGUUCCUGGACGUCCAGGACGAGGAUGUGUUAUUCGCAGCCCUGCAGACUCUGCGCUAUCUGGCGGAGCAGCCCCGUAACAUCCCCAUCAUGAGCAACGAGCUGGGCAUGAUGGUGAGCCUGGAGAACCUCACGGAGAGGGCGGGUUUGUCUGGUGAAGUCCUGUCCCUGGCCAAAGAGGUACACGGCAUCCUGAGCGCGCCUGUUAUCCGCACACCAGAGAGGGAGAGGAGGAAGAAGCCCCAGUUCUUUAUUAACGCCACGAACAAGAAGGCCAAGUCUGUUACCCUGCACAUCCAGGGACUGGACAGCACUGACCAGCGCGGCUUGUGUGAAGAGGCUCUUCUCAAGGUCAAAGGAGUGAUUAGUUUCACCUUCCAGAUGGCCACAAAGCGAUGCACUGUCCGAAUCCGCGCAGAUCUGACAACCGAGAGUCUUGCGUCAGCCAUCGCCGAAACCAAGGUUCUGUCAGCCAAACAGGUGGUCAAGAACGAGGCCGGGGAAGAGAUCCUCCUCGCCUUGAAGCCGUCGGGAGUUGAGGUGCAGAAGAACAGCGUCCUGCCGGACUACCUGCCUGAGGAGGAGGAGGAGGAGGAGAGCCCGGAGAAGGACCUGGGCCGCGCCGUCUCCCGCCCCGCGGCCCAACAGGACGGCAGCGGCAGCUGGAUUAACGCCGCCGCCAGCUUCCUCUCAAAGAACUUCUACUGGUGAACCCAGAGAGCCGCUCAGAGCUGCUGCUGCUCCGCUCCGAAGAACAGGCCGCGGCGCCAGCUGCCGGAGCGUGACUAUCUCCUGGAGAAACGAUGGGUGGUUUCUCUGAUUCUUUGAGAAAGAUUGGUUGGUUGCGUCAUCACUGCAGCUCCGUGGUGUUGCACAGUGCUGGUUUGUUUCAUGUCAUUUGUAAAUAUAGAUUUUCCUUCUUCCUCCUUUUUUGUAUAUCUUGUUUUAUACGUUUACAUUCCCCCAUUACUUUGUCUGAAUAGAUGUCUUUGUACUGGGUUUUUCCUGAAAAUACAUUUGUAGUAUGUCUAA